AUGCAGGUUCAACAGCAUCCGAACGAAUCUAACUGGCGCUCUCCGGUCGAUCCCAACGAACUUAUCGAGCUCUCGGGAAUAGCGUGUGCGGUGGAGGGGACGGGUGCGUCCGCCGUCGCUGCAACGCUUCAUGCAGCUGCGGCUCUUCUGAAGACUAGUCCAUAUUGGGAUCGGUUCAUCAAUUUGAGUGCUUCGGAUUAUCCAGCUAUCACUCAGGAUGGAUCGCCUCGGGUGGUGCUAAGCAGAUCAUUCGUGGAGCACCGUGUGCUCGGAGUGGAUAACCUGCCAAGGCAACUGCUCCUCUACUUCACCGAUGCGGUUAACCCAGUGGCGUCCUACUUCCACACGGUCAUCUGCAACUCUCCAUAG